AUGGCAGUGUAUGUUCUCAUGCUAGUUGUACUGGCUGUACGUCAGUGUACAUCCAGUGGCGUGACGUUAGAUACGGUUGUGGCGGAAAUUGUCGCGAUGAAAAAUGAACGUCUGGAGGAUGCGGCGAGGAUGGAACACAUGGAGAAGGAGCUGACCAACACCAAGAAAAGACUGGCUGAACUUGAAGCUUUGAAAGACCCACGCACACACCAGGCCAGACAGACCCAUGGUCACAGCCCCGUCGCCUUCCAGGCGUACCUGAGCCAGGGCACGGGGGUUGGGCUGCACCAGGUUAUCCCCUUCAAUGUGGCCACCUUGAACGUGGGGAACGCCUUCAAUCCUACCACCCACACGUUCACCUGCCCCGUCAACGGCCUGUACGUGUUCCAAUCGGCGCUCACGUCCCAAAAUGGUCAGAUGGCACAGGGCCAGAUCAUGAUAGCCGGAAUGGAGGGGCCAAACAUAUAUGCAGCGGGCGCGUCCAACGGCCAUGGCUUUGACCAAGGUUUCAACUCGCUGGUGACCGUGUGCCGCAAGGGUGAUACGGUGUGGGUACGCAACUACCACGACCAGAGCCGUGACAUGUUCACACUCAAGUAUACGUCCUUCUCGGGAUACUUACUAGAACAGGUUACUGUUGUUACCCCUUAG